CGGGAGAAACCAAGUGAGAAGGGUCCCAGUACUUAACCAUAACUAUUUUAUAUUAUAUAAUGUUCGCACAUCGGGAAUAGAAUAAUAAUUAAAACAAGGAGACAAACUAAUAAACGAAGGUAUAUUCACAACGUAGCUUGACAUGCAUGUUAUUGUUGCUCGAGUAUAUAUUAAUUAUUAUGAUAACACCCACGAAUCGAAUAAAUGGUACGUGGUUACAAUAUGGCGGCCUUGAUUUUGAAAAUAUUUCGGCUUUGAAAACACGCAUACACUCGAACCGGGUUGUUUUCAACAGUUCUUUUACGGGGGCAACAAUGCCGAAUUUAUAUGUCACAUACUUAAAACAAGAACAACUAUAAAACAUGUCCUGUAAGACAGAGAGCUGGAGAGAAGUCUUUGAGAGAGCCCGGGUAAUUCCCCCGCACAGCCAGACAGUACGUCAAUCUCAGGAGGCUCAUCUCACUGCAUCUCACGGCUUUCAAAUCCUCCUAAACCGUGUCACUGGACCUCACAUACAACAGACGGCUGAGGCGACAUCAGAGAUAGACCGAGGUGUCGCUUACCAGUUGCGGGUGACUCUGUUUGAUAGAAACCACCUGCACUUCUUCGGGAAGACAUGGAAAAGCUCCAACCAAAGGAUGAAAAGCAACCACAAGAUACAGUUCAACGAGAUCAUGUACCUCCAUACGUCUCUGCGCGUCCCCGCCAUCGUGGCGGUGGUGGAGGUGGUGGCGCUGUCAGACAGGCCAGACGGCUCCCAGCAGGCCCUGGGGUGUGGCUUCUCCGUCCUGGAGAUGUUUGCCGGCAGGGGAGAGGAGCAUGCGGGCGCCGUCGGCGACAGACGACUAAUUCUUCACCAUGGGACGCCCAGAGAGCUUCUCCACCCCAAGUUCAAGGGUGCUGUUGAAUAUGGCGGUCUCCUGAAGGCUAUAGAUGGCGCCCAUGUAGAGUGUGUGGUGAAGGGGCCACCCAGCGCUGGGCUCCAUGGUGCACCUGCUCCCUGAGAACAGGCUGGUGUCCGGGCUGGACAACAUCCCAGGCCUGGCGCCUUCACCAACAGGUGACGCUCUGCUGAGACCCAAGCUCCUGAAGCGGACCCCCUACUGCCUGAGCCGGCUGACCGUCUCCCUGCAGCCCUCCUUGGACCGCUUCGAGAGCCAGCUCCUGCAGCUCGUCAGCGCCGACUGGGA